AUGGAUAGAGGAGUGCAACAAAAGAAAUUUUUCAAUGAAAAGAAAUUUGAUGAUGUAUGUAAAAAUACAGAGGCUAGAGCUGAAUUAAUAAGUUUCAUUCAAGUUAAUAAAAUUUAUGAACAAUAUUUCUAUCCUCUACAAAUUCUUGAGGCUGGUCUAAGUGCCGUAGCUCUUAAACGUUUGUAUCAAGAAUUCAGCGAAUUACCUGAAUUCAAUCCGAAAUUGAAGAAAGUUGAAGAUAUAUUGAAGUGGAUUUUUGAUAAUGGAUAUCAGUGCUAUCAGGAAGCAGUCAGAAAACAAAUAGACUUACAAAUAUUUAAAGAACAAUUCCAGACAAGACAAAGGGGAGAUUCCCAAUCUAAUUGA